CAGGAACUUUGGGCCUCUGAUGUAGGGUGUCUCUACAUAUGCAUUAACAGGGAGCUAGAUUGGAAACAAUUGGAACUUGAACUGAACUCUUAUAUAGAAAGCAGGUAGUGGUAUACUGCACUGCAGUGCUAGCGCCCUUAAUCCUUGUUCUGAAAGGUUUAAGAGCAAAGUAAAUAAUUCAACUUGCUGAACUUGAACUUAGUUCAAAUUGUAUUUUCUCUUGUUUAGACCUUAAUGUGUUUUUUUCCUGAGGUCAGAUGUAAUGUGGGAGGGUUUGGAGCCUUUUUUUCUGCUAAGAGCCAAAUGGCAUUAGCAUAUUUAGUACAUCAUUUGGGGGCCAUACAGAGUGAUCAACUUCAAAAUCAGCCCCUGCUAUAUACCUUUAUAAAAUUUCAAGUCCAGUCUGCAGUUUCCUUGGCAGGGCCAGACCAGAUAAUUUUGCAGGCCUUUUCGAUUCCUACUCCUGGUCUAGGAUCUCACAUUUGGAGAGGGCUGGAUGCAGAUGAGAAGUGUGAAACUUAACUGCAUUUGAAGCGGUUUGAAAAUUCACUGUUUCUGAAGUCUUUUAUCUUUGUCUCCAUAAGAUUUACAUUAGUUAAAAAGAUAUGAAAAGAAUGAAGACAAGUCAUGUGGUCACUAACAACUGUAAGAGAGCACAACAUUCUGAGCUUUUCUCUACCUAUAGUUUUACCUGUCCUUAAGGACUCGACUUUGUUUUAUGGAUGGUACCUACAUCUUGCAUGAGAUUAUGAUACGCUAAAGGAUUCCACUGGGACACCUGGAGGGUCUGCCUGAGGUUAAUGAAACCUACUAAGACAUGAAGAACUUGGCCACUAGUUUCCCCCUUGGCAGCCUGGUGAUGGUUUCCUGCCUGCCUUUGGUAGUAACAUCUCCCAACACACUGGCUAUCCCCAAAAGGCUGCGAGAAGCUGUGGGGAAAGUGAUCAUCAAUGCCACCGCCUGUACUGUCACCUGUGGCCUCGGCUACAAGGAGGAGACCGUCUGUGAGGUGGGCCCUGAUGGAGUGAGAAGGAAUUGUACAUCUCAGCGCCUGGAGUGUUUGACCAACUGGAUCUGUGGAAUGCUCCACUUCACUGUUCUCACUGGGGAGCAGUUUGAGCUCAGCUGCCUGAGUCCAGAGAUCCUGGAAGUCGGGCAGGAAGCUUUUCGGUUCACCUGGAGACUUGCGCGGGGCAUCAUCUCCACUAACGAUGAGGUCUUCAGGCCCUUUCGAGCCCACUCCUACUUUGUGAAGUUUCUGCCUGCUCAGGAGUAUGACUCCGGGACCUACCGCUGUGACGUGCAGCUGUUGAAAAACUUGAAGUUUGUCAAGAGGCUGUAUUUUGGGCUGAGGGUUCUUCCUCCUAACUUGGUGAACCUGAAUUUCUAUCAGUCCCUUACUGAUGAUCAAAAGUUAGUAGGUGAGGGCCUGGAAGUCAAUCUGACAAACCAUUCUAUGCCUCAUCACCCAUCGUGGAAAAAGAAGGUGGCAUCGGCCGUGGGAAUAGGAAUCACCAGUGGAGUGGUGGGUGGGGUGCUGGUGAGCGCAGCGCUCUGCAGAGCUUGGAGGCCAACCUCUGGCCACUGACUGCUUCCAGUAUUCAUGAGGCUGACUCCUGAGGGUCUGGCUGUUGGAAGCCCACCCACCUUCCCUUUCCUGCUGCCUGAUAGUGUGUCACCCAAGGGGAGGGGUUCCCAACACCCAAAGAACAAGUGGGAACAGGGUGGGGAGAACCUCCUGGGAGCUGUGAGCGGUCGUUUCUCACUCAUCUCUCUCCUGAGCACUUGCCCAUCGGAACCUGACUGUUGGCACCGGGCCUGUUCCCAAGAAGGGAUCUGUCCUCCAAGCCCAAGUUCAUUCAGUUUUCUCUGCUUUAUGAUUUACUGGUGUGCCUCACACCUCUGUUUCAAACAGUGGGUUUCUGUAAAAUUUACUAAUAGCUUUUCUAGUGAAAAUAUUUUCCCCCUCUUCAAUAAAAAAAAUUCACAAUAGCUGUAUAGAAGCAGCUUUUUCUUGUUUUUAAAAAUUUCUGGCAUUUAAGCCACCUUAUAAUUACCAGUCUGGUUUCCAUUUUCCCCAGGUUCUUCAGAAGGUAAACAGGUUGCUUCCCGUGUGGGGCUGUGCACAGGCGGGUUGUCAGGACUGACGUGUGUCUCAAAUGUGUAGUAGGCUGCCCUGCAUUCCCCAGGUGAAUCCUGACUUCCAUGUUAAAUUGAAUUUCCUAGCAAAGCUCUGGAUCCUUCUGGUCGUCCAGGUGGUUCCAUGUCUUGCUGUCCCUUUCCUUCUUGCUCUUUUGGUGCCCUGAGGCUUGUUCCUUUUAAAGGUCAGUUAUAUU